UGAGUCUCUGGUACACACUUGAUGCUCCUUAUCCCGGAUCUAAUAUCUUCUUUGUGUGUCUCCACUCCUUCCAGAUGAGGAGGCGGUGGAGGAGGAGGAAGCCCCCGAGGAGCCGGAGCCGGUGGCAGAGCGAGAAGAAGAGCGCCCCAAACCCAGCCGUCCAGUGGUACCUCCUUUGAUCCCCCCGAAGAUUCCAGAAGGGGAGCGUGUGGACUUUGAUGACAUCCACCGGAAGCGCAUGGAGAAAGACUUGCUGGAACUUCAGACUCUCAUUGAUGUGCACUUCGAGCAGCGAAAAAAGGAGGAGGAGGAGCUCAUUGCGUUGAAAGAUCGCAUCGAGAGGCGUCGUGCAGAGAGAGCUGAGCAGCAGCGAUUCAGAACCGAAAAGGAGCGAGAGCGGCAGGCCAAGCUGGCGGAAGAGAAGAUGCGGAAGGAGGAGGAGGAAGCGAAGAAGCGAGCAGAGGACGACGCCAAAAAGAAGAAGGUUCUGUCCAACAUGGGGGCUCAUUUUGGGGGCUACCUGGUCAAGGCAGAACAGAAACGUGGGAAGCGGCAGACUGGCCGGGAGAUGAAGCUCAGGAUUUUGUCUGAGAGGAAAAAGCCCUUGGACAUUGACUACAUGGGGGAGGACCAGCUCCGAGAGAAGGCCCAGGAGCUGUCAGAAUGGAUCCACCAGCUGGAGUCAGAGAAGUUUGACCUGAUGGAGAAAUUGAAGCAACAGAAAUAUGAGAUCAAUGUGUUGUACAACCGCAUCAGCCAUGCCCAGAAAUUUCGAAAGGGGGCUGGGAAGGGUCGAGUUGGAGGCCGCUGGAAGUGAGACCGCCAGGAUUUGUCCCCUUGUAUGGAGUCCAGGAGCCACUGGAGUGCAUCCCCUCUGUAACUCAAAAUAAAGGCUCUCCAGACA